CUCUUACCACUUGGUUGUCCAAGAAUGUGGCGGUGAUGAAGAUUUUGAGAUAUUCUUUUGAAAGCCACACCCAACACUCCCAAAACCCCCCAUUUUGCAGAUUCAGAAUUCACUUCUUUAAUCUCCAUGCUUUAUAAAUUCACACCUUUCUUAGUUUGACUAUGCAUUCUACCACUGUUACGCCAUGGCAGAACUGCUGCUACUGUCCAUUUCCUAGCCGCUUUACCUCUUCCCCUCAUUCUCUUCCUUUCCCCAAGAAAACCAUCCGACUAAGCCGCCUCACUCUCAGCGCCGCCACCACUCACAGCUGCAGCACCGAGCACGAAAAGCAAAAUCUCCCCCGAAAUCCCGAGGACCCGGAUCGAGAAAACCCGGUUUUUCCUCAAGAUUAUUACGAAGACGGCGACAGAGAACCGGAAAGGCGAUUCGAGAAUCCUCUGGUCUUUUUAACAAACAUGUGGUGGACAGAUAUGAAGGCUGCAUUGGGGCAGAGGAUUAACGUGGAAGGUCUUACUUCUUCUCUGGGGAUUUUUGCUAAAAACAAGCAUUUGGUGAUCCCUCAUAUCGCUGUGCCGGAUAUAAGGUACAUUGAUUGGGCUGAGCUGAAGAGAAGGGGUUUUGAAGGUGUGGUCUUCGAUAAGGACAAUACUUUAACUUUUCCUUACUCUUUGCGCUUGUGGUCGCCUCUGAGAUCGUCCAUAGAGCAGUGCAAAGCUCUAUUUGGCAACAACAUUGCGGUUUUCAGUAACUCUUCAGGACUAUUUGAAUAUGAUCCUGAUGGUAGAAAUGCAAAGAUCCUUGAGCGUGCAAUUGGAAUUAAAGUAAUCAGACAUAGGCUGAAGAAACCAGCUGGAACAGCUGAAGAAAUUGAAAGGCAGUUUGGUUGCGAAGCCUCAAAACUUAUCAUGGUGGGUGAUCGGCCUUUCACAGACAUUGUGUAUGGAAACAGAAAUGGCUUCCUAACUAUUUUGACUGAACCAUUGAGUCUUGAUGAGGAGCCUUUCAUUGUACAUCAGGUCAGGGUAAUUGAAAGGGCACUUGUGUAUCAAUGGUCGGUGAGAGGAGUGCAGCCAAUCAGUCAUAAACUCCUUCCUGAUUGCGAGCAAUGUGUAAAGGAUAAACCAAAUUAGAAAGUAGAAGUUUAUUUAUGGCGAUUUAAGAAAAAUCAUCUCAUUAACAACUAUCAUUUUUGUCACUAUUGGUAGUUUGUAUAUGGAAAAGGCAUGAAAAUAUUUCUUUAAAAAAAAUUAGCUGUGAAUUUCUCAUAUUUUGUCUCUCUUUCCAUAUAAGUAGUGUUUGGAAGAGUUCAUGAAUGAUACAAGGUUGAUCAUUCAUUUCAAUUUUUUUUUAAAA